GCGACCACACUGUCACAGGACGCCGAAGGGAGAAGGCGAGACGGCGGCCGCGGAGAGACGACACGACGCGGAUUCGCCACGCUCGUCCACGAGGAUUUAACGCUUUGGUGUUUGGGGCUUUGUGGAGCACGCGCGUAUUCGCCACACAUGCAUUUCUCGGCUUUGGGUCAUGAUCACAUCGCCCGCGGUGUCUGUCCUGAGACAUAGCACCGAUCCAGCGUGGGAAAGCCGCCCCUCGUCCGGGGAGAGAGGCGCACCGAGACCCGCCGGCCGUCCGUACGCGCACCGCAGCAUCGCCGCCACCGACGCAGUCUUCUCCCCCGCAGACCCGCACCGCCAAGCCGGCCGUCUGCCCAUCAAGCUGCUGAAAAUGCUCACGGCCCGGGCGGGGCACAUCAUGCACCCGGAGUACCUCCAGCCGCUGCCGUCCACGCCGAUCAGCCCCAUCGAGCUGGACGCCAAGAAAAGCCCGCUGGCGCUUUUAGCUCAGACGUGCUCCCAGAUCGGCAAGCCGGACCCCCCGGCCUCGUCCAAACUCUCCUCGGUGGCCUCCGGCGGGGACAAAGACAGCAAGGCCGGGCCCCUGAAGAUCAGCGACAUCGGCGCGGACGACAAGUCGAGCUUCAAGCCGUACGCCAAGUCGUCGUCGUCGUCGUCGGACAGCAAGAAGGAGUCUAGCCCGAGCGGAGAUAAAAACGGUUUCCGGGUGCCGAGCGCCACCUGCCCGCCGUUCACGCCCAGGACAGGCAGCCCCGGCGCCGGCCUCAGCCUCAGCCUCCGCCUCAGCCCCAGCCCCAGCUCCUGCGCCUCCGCCUCCGCCUCGCCGCUGCCGUGCGAGGGCAAAGCGGCGGACAAGGACGACAAAAAGGAGUGCGGCGAGCGCAGCAAAAAUACGUCUUCGCCCGAGAGCAACGGCGGCCACAGGACGAGUGGAAUAAGCCCCGACGGCAGCCAGGAGAGCACGCCCGGCUCCAAGGGCCGCACGUCGGACUCGCCGUCCGUCACCUCCUCGGUGCUCGGCUCCGGGCUGGUGGCUCCGGUUUCCCCCUACAAGCCCGGCCACGCGGUUUUCCCCCUGCCGCCCGCCGGCAUUUCCUACCCCGGGAGUCUAGCGGGCGCCUACGCGGCUUACCCGCAGCCGUUCCUGCCUCCCGGCAUGAGCCUGGAGCACGCCAAGUCCAGCGGCCAGCUGCUGAGCGCGCAGUUCGCGGCGUGCAGCAAGGCCGGGACGAGCCCCCUGGCCGCGGCGUCCCCUCCCUCCCUCAUGUCGGCCAGCCUGUGCCGGGACCCCUACUGCCUCAGCUACCACUGCAGCGGCCAUUUGACGGCGGCCUCCGGUGCCAACUGCGCGCACGACGUCAAGUCCGGAUACCCGCUCGUGUACUCCGCGCACCCGCUGCACGGCGUGCCCUCGUCGGCGCCGACGUUCGGCGGACACCCGCUGUACCCGUACGGCUUCGUGCUGCCCAACGACCCGCUGCCGCACGUCUGCAACUGGGUGUCGGCGAACGGAGCGUGCGACAAGCGCUUCCCCAGCUCCGAGGAGCUGCUCGGCCACCUGCGGACUCACACGGCCUUCGCGGCCGGCUCGGAGAAGCUGCUCGCCGGCUACCCGGGCUCGUCGUCGUCGCUGGCCGCCGCCAUGGCCUGCCACAUGCACGUGCCCUCCGGCGGCGGCCCGGCCAGCCCCGGCGCGCUCGCCCUGCGGGGCCCGCAUCACCCGCUCGGGCUGGGCAGCCGCUAUCACCCGUACUCCAAGAGCCCCCUGCCCGCCCCCGGAGCGCCGGUGCCGGUGCCCGCGGCCGCCGGACCCUACUACUCCCCGUACGCCUUGUAUGGACAAAGACUGACCACAGCCUCGGCUUUGGGGUACCAGUAGAGACAAUUCCAACAACAAAUAAAAAGAAAAAUACACACAUUUUAUAUAUAUAUACAUAUAUACACACACACACAUACAUAUAUACACACAUAUAUAUAUGUAUAUAUAUAUAUAGAUAUAUAUAUAUAUAUAUAUAUACACACACACACACACACACAUUUAUAAAGGAGAUUUAGGCCCGAUGAGUUUUAUAUGUACUUCAUGCAGGGACUAGAUCCAACUGGGGAUCAGUGUAUUUAUUUGAGAUAGCUUCAAGCGUGACUAAAAAAAAAUAAUUAAAAAAAUCAAUUAUAAUAUAACUUGCAACAGCGUCAAUGUGCAUUAUUUGGGAGACCCCACCCCCCAAAAGGAAUGAAAACAAAAUAGGCCUUUAGGGUCGUCCGAGCUUUGAUCAAUCAGAAAAUUGCAGCUUGCAGAUUUGGGUGGAUUUUCGUGUGGAGCAGAUGCAGCAUGAAGCCCAUAUGCCAACAUUUCUACUUUUUCUCGUUUUCAUGUAAUAGCCAAAGGAUUUGAGGUUUGAACUUGACGGUGUUCGAAUUCAAAUUUGAGUGUCAUGUCUAAUGUCAUUUUGCAAGAUUUAAACUUGUGGGCCAUUCCACUGAAUCGGUGCCGUUCACUUGUCUCCCUCUCUCAAAAUAAACUUUUUCAGCCCUCGAUCUGAUCUAAGAGACACAUUGAACGACUCAAACUGUGCUACUUUUCUUUUGUCAUUAUUCUAUUGUAGUAAAACUCAUUUGAGUAACAGAAAGUAAUACGAGGGGGUUCUUAGCAUACAAUUAGCAAAUACGACGGCGACAUGGCAUUUAUGCUAAUAGCAUGUUGACACCGAGCAUAUUACAGUGAUUCGACAAUUAAAAACAAAUCAUGUUUUUUUAAAAAGCAAAAACGUUUGGCCAUAUCCUGAAUGACGCAAGUUCCGGCGGACCACGUGACUGUUCGGAUAACGAGACUGAGUGAAAACCCAGGCACACGACUAAUGUCAAUUCAACUAAAUUGUUGUUGUUGUUUAUAAAAGAAAAUACUUUGAUGGGAUAAGGAGUAACACAAAUAUGCAAAAUUUGAAAAGAUUGAAAUGAUCAUAUUUCAUGGUAAUGUCUAAUUUUAGGACGCGGCGGACGGGCAACAAGUGCUAUUUUUCUACUGUUCGAGCUAGUUCACAUUUUUUUGUAUUUAUUAAAUAUGCAAUAAGAUCACUAUUCAGGAUACUGCUUUACAAAUAUAUUUUACAGUUUAUUAUACGUUUAAUUUCCUGGGGAUGCAAAUGGCACCGAUUUGGAGGAAUGGCCCAUAUAUUAAAAUAAGCACAUUGAGAAAUAAUGCAAUUUAUGUAACAAUCUGCCUAUUUUGGUGUUCAACAACACUGGAUGACGAUAUGAGAGAAUAUUAGGAAUGGCUCUCAGUGUUGUUUUCCUACAGUCGCAAUAUUAAAUGGAUUAUGAAAGUUAUCAAAAGUGGGUAUAUUAUCUUUGGGAAGGUAGCCAUUUUCUCCAUCUCAGUUUGUGUUGAUGUACCAAAUAAGAGCAUUUUAUUCGCCUAUCUGUGUAAAAAUGAAACAAAUGUGUCAUCUGGGGGCUUAUGGAAAAAAAUACAAUG